AUGGCCUCGCCGCUGCCCGGCGGCGGCCCGCCGCCCGUCGGGGGGAGCGGAGACUCGCUGCUGCUGCUGCUGCGGGGCUGCCCGCUGCCCUCCUGCCGCCCGCCGGGGCCCCCGCCGCGCUUCCCGCAGGCGCCGCCCGACGGCCCCGCCCCGCCCCCGACGGCCCCGCCGCGCCCGCCGCCCUUCCCCUACCCCUACCCGCGCCCGUCGCUGCCCCGGCCGCUGCCGCGCCUGGCCGCGCCCCGCCGGCCCCACGGAGCCUGGCCCGGGAGGAGCAGCCCGCCCGCCCCCCAGCCCCCGCCCCCGGCCGGCCGGCCCUCGCCCCCCGCCUACCGCUUCACGGCCCAGGAGCUCCACGCCGUCCUGUACGGGGCUCCGCCGCCAGCCGCCCGCCCGCCCCGCAGCCCAGGCCUAACAGUGCUGCAGAUGGCAUCCCUGGACAGCCCUCAGCUAGGCGUCUUUUGCACCCAGGCCAUCCCGAAGGGGGUCCGCUUUGGCCCUUUCCAAGGCAGAGUGGUCAACACCAGCGAGAUCAAGACGUACGACGACAAUUCCUUGAUGUGGGAGAUCUUCGAGGACGGCCGCUUGAGUCAUUUCAUCGACGGCAAAGGCACCUCCGGCAACUGGAUGUCCUUGGUGAACUGUGCCCGCUUCCCGGAGGAGCAGAACAUGAUGGCCCUCCAGUGCCAGGGCCAGAUCUACUAUGAGACCUGCAAGGAGAUCUCCCCGGGCCAGGAGCUGCUGGUCUGGUAUGGUGACUGCUACCUGCAGUUCCUAGGCAUCCCCAUCAGCCUGAAGGGCCCUGCUGAAGACAAGCGAGCCCAGCAGCACUGCGAAGAGUCUGUGGAAGGCUACAAAUGCGAGCGCUGCGGCAAAGUUUUUGCCUACAAAUACUAUCGGGACAAGCAUCUGAAAUACACACGCUGCGUGGACCAAGGAGACCGGAAAUUUCCUUGCCAUCUCUGCAACCGAUCCUUUGAGAAAAGGGACCGGCUGCGGAUCCACGUCCUCCACGUCCACGAGAAACACCGGCCGCACAAAUGCUCUAUAUGUGGGAAGAGUUUCUCUCAGUCUUCCAGCCUGAACAAACACAUGAGGGUGCAUUCUGGGGAACGGCCCUAUAAGUGUGUUUACUGUAACAAGGCAUUCACUGCCUCCAGUAUCCUCCGUACUCACAUUCGCCAGCAUUCCGGAGAGAAGCCUUUUAAGUGCAAACACUGCGGCAAGGCCUUUGCCUCACACGCAGCCCACGAUAGUCACGUGCGGCGCACGCACAAUAAUAAAGAGAAAGGCCGCGCAUGCACAGUGUGUGGCAAAACGUUCCUAGAGGCAGAAGAGUUCUGUUUCCACAUGAAGUUCCAUGCAGCUUAG